AGAAAGAAAGAGCUAUCAAAAACGACACCGAAAGCAAACGGUACUAUUACAGAACGCAUCUGCUUUUUACCAACGCUUUACGAACAAUUUUAAGCUAACCAGUUUCUGAAAACAACGACAAAUGUCCGUGUAGGUGCGUAACGUGAAUGAAGAUAAAGUGCUAACCGGUGGUGUGUGCGUUAUGUGCAGUGACACGAAACGUUGUUCGCUUUCAAUAUCAUCGUGUGUGUGCUCAUAGGUACAAGCACAGAAAUUCCAGCAUUCAACGUUGUUAGUGAGAAGUAGGGAACGAUCUGUAUUUCACGGUAAACCAUUCAGGGGUCACAAAACGAUUCGAUCGAAAAUAUUGCCCCAAAUAUAGUGUCGUGGGUGAAAACCAAAAGCCACAAUCAAAAUUCAAACAUCACAAAUUAAAAUUUACUAUCAAUCUCAAGUGCAAGUGCUUGACAAAAACUAAGCAAGGCUGAGCAACGUAAACUAAACUGCAAGCAUGAAGAUAUGUAUCAACGCCACGGGGAAUGCAAUGAAUGAUAAUGUUAUUGCACACCAUUGGGAGGUCAUAUGGCCUCUUGGUACCAAAGGUAGCCAAAAGGAUUGGAAGUAAAAGAAAAGAAGAUAUUGUUGCAGCCGUCGCCAGCUGCUACCGGGACAACAAUAUCGCAAGCCAAAUUGGCAAACAAGAGCACCAACAGAAAGUACUGGAGCAGUAACAAUAGCAAUAACAGUAAAAUCAGCAUCUAUAGCAAAACAUAUGCAUCGGUUUUUUUUGCAGUAAAUAUUGGAAUAUUGGAAUCGAUAAUCAUGCAGCGUCAUAGGAAAAAAGAUCGCACGGAACGUGCGCCGCCAGCUAUACAAAAGUAUCUUCAUAGUUCUGCUUGUUCACCCAUCAGCAGUAGUACUCCAGUCCCUGCUACCAACGAGAACUUGUAUCAGUCAUGCGUAGGCGGAAAUACAGGCAAGACCGGAUUGGUCUGCUGUCGGAAAGACGAUUUGAUGUUUCAUAUCGCUCCAACACCUGGACGAGGAUCCUACCCAGAAGAUGAUCCAGAUUCAAUCGAAGUUUAUAAGGAGCAUCAGCAGCAGAAGCACGACGAUCAGCGAUCCAUACAAGGAUCACGUACUCAGGAGCAACAUUUCACCAGUAAGUGGUGUGCAGCCAAAGUGAGUCAGCUGCCGCGGGAAGGAGGCGACAUGAAUAUUCCCCUAGGCGACGCGCAGUUGCACCACCGUCAGCAGGAACAGCAGGAACAAUUACUCUCCUGUCAAUCGAAUAUCUUAAGUAGCGGAAACGCUGAGUAUUCAUACGCUUACUGCGAACCGAUGCUGUUGCAACGUCCCAGCGCUGAUAACGCAGCGGAACAGCAACUACACACACCGGUGUCCACAUUAUCGUCAUCCGGUUCGUCUUAUUGCGUGCCGGUAUAUGCGCAGCGUCAACUCCAACAUCCACCAUCACUGCCGCUACUCCAGAGAUCCUUCCGGCAACUAUCUGCUCGUAACCCAUAUCAGUAUACUUACGGACCAACUCAAGGUUGUGGAGGUAGCGGCAAUAAUACCACCACUACUACAUUACAUCAUCACCACCAUCACCAUCACCAUCAUAGCAAUUACACACUACCAAAUGCAACGACAGGAUCAACGGCGACGACAACAACCGGUUCGUUGCGUGCCUUAUUUUCCAACAUUUUCCGUAAAUCCUCAUCGUCCGGGACGCCUGCGACAGUCGCACAUUCAUCCCCAUUUCUGGAUAUAGGAGGCAGUGGCACUUUACAACGUAACAGUUUCGGUGAUGGUUCAUCUCUGUUAGGAGCAGAGCGUCACUCGUUUACAACCUGCUAUGGGACGAAGGAAAAUAUUUAUGAGGAUAUUGGCUCGCAAACCGGACUAGGUGCUCUUGGAGAAGAAUCGGUAACACGUGACCCAUCUGUACCUGGUUGUGCGGGACUGUUAGCGUCAGCUCCACCACCUCUGCCUCCUAGUGGUGCCGGUUCCCCAACAGCCCCACUGACGGGUCUUAGUGUGGCUGCUGAGUGGCGUCGUGUACAAGUACAACACGAACGUGUUAUUGGCGAACUCAACCUUUCGGUCGAACGAUUAAUAAUGCCAUCAUGCGACGAUGAGUAUUCCCAACAAAAAGAUCAGGUUCAUCACUACCAUCAAUACACGGAAACUGAAAUACGUGAUUGUAAACAAAUAACCCAGAAGACGUUUUGCCAUCCGUCUGUUGGAUUCGAUAGUGAUGUUGCUGCUAGCGGGUUAACGAAUGCAUCAGCCUCCAUUGGGGGUUUGCGAGUAGGCUCGAAACGCCUCUUUCCAGCACCAACGCCAACAUCGUCUUCAUCACCUACGCCUCCUACUCUAGGGGUGGGUUCCGAACGUCACUCUCCAACAGUGUCAUAUGGGAAGUCCUAUGGAGAUGUGGAUAGUGGCAUCAGCAGCAGCAGCACUAGCGGCACUAGUUACUCCAGCAGUAUUUUAUACCGAAGCAUUACGAACUACCAGCAGCAGCAACAGCACACAACUGGCAAAGAAGCGAAUGUGUUUGGUAGUAGGCAGCAACAUCCGCAACGUACAAAGCAUGGUUUAUUUAAUUUGCAUAUUGGAUCAGCUGGAUCAGCUGCCACGAUGUUUGCUAGCGGAAACAGAGCAAGUUGCUGCCGUGGGCCGAAAGAUCAGACUGUCGAAGCGAGACCAGAAGCCUUCGGAGGUCCUGCUAGUGGUUCUACCAAUGCAGCAGUGACAAAUGCUCCAGAUCCGCCGCCACCACCGGAUACCAGCUUGCUAACAUAUGUUUGUCCAACAUCCGACGGCAGCUACGGUCCCCUGACACGCGUACCUAAUUCGUCUGUGUCAUCACACACGCUCACAUCUUGUUGUUUUCUGUCAGAUCAUAAUCUGUCUGAACGUGAAAUAGCUAUGCGCCCAUUCGUCUCCACACAUACAUACCACCAGCAACGUAAAUCACGUGCCGAUCAACUCGGAUCAGCACGCAAUGCUAGUGGUAAUUUCUGGGCCCGCUUCCGAAAGUUGAGAUUGCCUACAGGCUCCGGCGGAAAAUUAUUUAGUGCUAAUGAUAGGCAGAUUGAUACCGAACUUCAUUUGGAAGAUUUCACCGGUGAGUCAAUGUGGCCAGAACCGGGCCCGCGACCAGUAUAUCACCAUCAGUUGCUCCAUCCUACUUCGCCUCCAAACCGCCUAACAUUAUUACCGCUAGAUGCACACAUGCAAUGCGCUCUGCCUCCGACAGGAUCCUUAAAUGGGAAUUUACCACCAACACCUCUUCAACGCACAUUGCUUCCUUUUGUUGCUGCAGUUGAACCGGAAGGGGGAUCUGUUCAUGGGCCUGACCGUGGAACGGGGGAUGUAAUCGAUGGUUCUAAGCUUCCUCAACAACGCUCUUGCUCUCCGUCGACACCAUCAUCGGUUGCGUCGACUGGAUCCUCCGGAUCGUCAUCGUCUUCGUCUGUUUCUCCAUCUUCGCCAAUGUCACCAGUUUCAUCGUCUUCUGGCUCGUCUGGGGCAAAACAAAGUGGUAAUGAGAACCCCUAAGAAAGUAGGCUAAGACCGCAGUAGCAGUGUUUAAGAUGAAGGUUCCACGAUUAAUUGUUUCAUUCCGUCCACUAUAAACGGUAUGCUAUCGACCAGCGUUAGUGGCACUACUAUCGGGGCAACGCUUUUGCUGUCGUAACUGAAUCACGAUAAAUGACGCAUUCAAUAGAACAUUCAGAUUCGUUGAGGACGUUGAGGGAAGAUAGCUUUGCUUUUGUAACUUUCAAGUUUUGUAACGUAAAAAAAAUCAAUCCGUUCCUCAUUCUAGUUUCCUGAACAAACGUGCCAACAUUUCAUUUUGUAUAAUCUCUAUGGUUCAGUGGUUAAUUUUCCACGAGCAAACGCAACAUACCAUCUGUAGGCAUACACUUUUAGAAAAAAAACUAUUUAAAAAAAAGGGUAACUACAAAAGAAGAAGAAAAAUAUGUAACUUAUGGUGUUUUAAAAGGUGUGAGUUAAUGAUUAAUGUUGCUAGUAAAUGUCACUAUUGCGCUGCUUAUUGUUAACUGAUAGAAGAGAUACCGACUUGCUAUAAAACGUUCCAUAUACAGUGUCAUUCGCUGCAGAUCGGUUGCAGAAGGUUGAAUCGUUUUGUGCAGCAGAUUCUCUUCGUACUUUUUAGCCGUCUUCCGAAACAGACGAAUAUUCGCGGCAACUGGAGGCGUAUAGACCAUUUACAACCCUGAAGCUCUUGUAUGGUGCUCUAGUACCAUUAUUAUUUAGUACACAGUAGCAGUAGAACUGGAAUAGUGAUAAAGAAAAGAAGUGCGAACAUCUAUAACAUAUAUUAGCAAUCUAUAACAACAUCAAGCGAAAUACGAAUGAAACAAAACAACAAAUUGUAAGAAAACAUAUUACUGUGAUCUACGCAGCGUUUCGAAUAACACAUUAUGAUUAGAGUUUCUAUUGCUGGAUGAUUAUAAAAGGAAUUAUUAAUAUUAUUUUUAUCAAUAUUGUCAUACUGCAAAUAAUGCGAAUAUUAGAAUUUACGUACUCGGAUUUUACGUAUAUGACGAAAACGAAACAACAUACAUAAAACUGACUGUGGAAAAAGAAUACAACGUUUAUAGAUUUUAAAGGAAAUGUUUUACUGAAUCCACUGAAGCGCGUCGCAGGAAUGUAACCUAAGGGUUGAUUGUGCAUUGAAACAUGACGUAUACAUGAUAGAAAACUAUAAGUUUUGAGAAAAUGAUUAUAUAGUGAACUGGUUCAUACGAAAACUUAGCAGACUGAAGAAUAUUUGUAGAGAUAAUGAAUUAUAAAAAUGGAACGAAUAAAAAAUGGUGAUGUACACCAUAAUUACAAACGAUAUUUAGAAAGAC